AUGUCCGUCAAGAUUGAAGAGCCUGGUGCUCUCAAGAAGAUAGAGGAAAUCGUCUCCUCCGAAUCCGAAUCCGAUGGCCCGGAGGACUCUGCAUCCAUGACUAGCAAUGCAUCGACUUCGACGCACACGCUGGAGGAGGCCAUCAAUUCAGCCAACACGAUGCGUCUCAGGACGGUCCUCCUCCAGAUGUGCCAUGAGAACGCCGUGUGCAGAUACCUAGCCGGCAAGGCGCUCAUGGUGCCGGCGCAAAACGCCGAACCAGACCCGAAAACGGGCAUGAAACGCCUCCGCAAGGUGUACGAGAUGUGCUGCCAGUACAGCAAGGAGUACCAGGUCGAGAGGAACGAGAAGGUCAGGGACUCUGCGCGUAUCAUUCUGAAACUUGAAGUUCAAGACAAACACCCGGUGCAAAGGUACAAGGAGGUGGAUUGCAACUUGCACUUCUGGGAUGACCACGACCCGGACUGUCAUGGUGAUCCAGGCUCCUUUGUCGACGACCCUGAUUACCAGGAGGGGUUCAUCUGGGACUGUUGCGACGAAGACGGCAAUGCUGAGGGAUGUGAGACGUCACGGCACCGGCCGACGAGGAGUGUCCGGGCGAAGGAUUGA